UCGGACAAGCGUUGCACGCGUGAUGUGGGACAUAAUGGAGGUGGAUAGGUAGGGAUCACACUUAGCUCUGUAAGAGUAGCCAUCAACUAGUAGUGAUCUAUCUACAACUUUCAUCCAGAACGCUUCGACAUUUGUGACUCGGCGGCUGCUCGCUCCCGCUCCACGCUCCUGCACAACGACGCCCUGGAACGCGCCAAAAUGCCGAACAUCAAAAUUUUUAGCGGCAGCUCUCACCCGGAUCUAUCGCAGAAAAUAGCAGACCGCCUCGGUCUGGAGCUGGGGAAGGUCGUAACUAAAAAAUUUAGCAACCAGGAAACAUGUGUGGAGAUAGGGGAGAGUGUCCGAGGGGAGGAUGUCUACAUUGUUCAAAGCGGCUGUGGCGAAAUCAAUGAUAAUUUGAUGGAGCUGUUGAUCAUGAUCAACGCCUGUAAGAUUGCCUCAGCCUCCAGGGUCACGGCUGUCAUCCCCUGUUUUCCCUACGCCAGACAAGACAAGAAGGACAAGGUGGGGAGCCGUGCCCCCAUCUCUGCCAAGUUGGUGGCUAACAUGCUGUCAGUCUCUGGCGCCGAUCAUAUCAUUACAAUGGACCUGCACGCCUCGCAGAUCCAGGGAUUUUUUGAUAUUCCUGUUGAUAACCUGUAUGCAGAGCCAGCUGUUCUCAAAUGGAUUAAAGAGAACAUCCCUGAGUGGAAAAACUGUACUAUUGUCUCCCCUGACGCAGGAGGAGCCAAGAGGGUCACCUCUAUAGCAGACCGGCUGAACGUGGACUUUGCCCUCAUCCACAAGGAGAGGAAAAAGGCGAACGAGGUCGACCGCAUGGUUCUGGUCGGAGAUGUGACCGAUCGCGUUGCUAUUCUUGUGGACGAUAUGGCAGAUACCUGUGGCACAAUCUGCCAUGCUGCUGACAAAUUAAUUUCUGCUGGGGCCACCAAGGUGUACGCCAUUCUGACACAUGGCAUCUUCUCAGGCCCAGCCAUCUCACGUAUUAACAACGCCUGCUUUGAAGCUGUGGUGGUCACCAACACCAUCCCUCAGGAGGAGAAAAUGAAGCAUUGCCCCAAGAUACAGGUUAUUGACAUCUCUAUGAUCCUGGCAGAGGCAAUCCGCAGAACUCACAAUGGCGAGUCUGUGUCGUACCUGUUCAGCCAUGUCCCCUUGUAACAAAUAGUGUCCUCCAUCAGCCAUGAGCUGUUACACCAAAUAAGAGAAGAGGGAAUUUCCCUGCCCAAACACAACCAUUAGCAAAGCUCUUCUGCUAACUAACCAUGGAAAUAAUUAUUGAACAGUCAUGUCUGUUACUAAUACUGAUCCCAUUCACGAGUCCCUUUCUCCUGAGCAGUGUCCCCUCGAGUUGGGGGCACCAAAGCAUUCAACUCUGAGUCACCGAUCUAGGCCAGCUUAUUUAUUGUACGUGAAUGAAUCUUUAUCCACUGUGAAGUUUCUCUCCUUUCAUAACAUUUAGAUUCAGAGUUUGGCCUGACCAUUGCACCUCUCCAGGGGUAAUUCUGAGCUCAUGUCACACUUGAAAGCGCUCACAAAUAUCCGCUGGCCAGUUCUUGUGGUCAAGAAAAGCAUUUGGCCAAGAUGAAGCUGUUACAAUGUUUUGACUAUGUUACAAUGAACGGACGUGCAAAGUUUGAUGUCCAGAGGUUAUUUUUUUUCAUGUUGCCGUCAAAUUCUCUGCAUCUGUUUGAACAGUUUAAGGCUCAAUGAAGUGAAUGUGUAGAGCUCUAGUUUACAUUGCCACUGAAGCUCCACUCAACCAAGAGUGCCUCAGCAGUCUGAACUGAAUUUACUUCCUCUUCCUGAUCCCACCACCACCCUAUUACACAUACACUCACGCUCACACACGUUCUGUCUCCCCCCAUAUUUUGGAUGUCAUCCUGGCAUUUGGCAAGCCAAGAUGCAUGACCUUAUAAUGGCAGGGGUUCACGUACAACUCAUGGCCAAUCAAAUAUAAUAGACAUGCUAUAAAAUAAUGUUUUGUUUAACAAAAAAAAAAGUGUAAUUGCACAUCAUAGAAUGGCUUGGAGAGUUUUAACUGGAUUAAAAGCUUUAACUUGUUUUUGUCUAGACAAGUUUUAAAGAGGUUUUGGAGGAUGUUUCUUUCAACUCUUGAGGUGCACUGGUUGAGUGGGUUUGCCCUUCCAGGUCCUAGAUAGAUCUUUCUCUAGAGAAGCUGUUGGGUUUUUAGGUUGGGGUCUCUGCAGGCUGGAGCUUCCUUCAGAAAUGUUCACUUGCUUUUUUUUUUUUUUUUUUUUGUCUUUUUGUAUGUCUGGACAAAGGAUGUGUUAUGUGCAUAUUCCAAACCUUUGUGUUUACUUUUUAAGUAGGGUGAAUGCGCCAUAUAUCUGAUUGCAGAAUGUGUUCUUAAUAAAGAUUGUGAAAAUUAAA